AUGGAAAAAGGAUGGAAACAGUACAUUCCUCUCUCAUUGCUGACCAAUCAGGCGUGUAAAACGGCGGCUUUACGUGCCUUCAAAGAGCAUCUUAAGCUUGACAACGGGUCUGUCUCCGUUGCGCAGGCACCACUUGACGCUCGCAGUGAAAAGCACCUGACCACCACCGACUUCAUGGAAGCCUCUGGACGUUUCCUCAACAUAAUCUCCCUACACUAUCCUGACGUCAGUGGUCGUGCACUUAUCCAUGACCAGUUUGAAAAACAUUUCCACAUGAUUGUCCGUCGUGUCGAUUUCGGACAGUAUCCCGGCCUGUAUGUUGAGUAUGAUAUUCAAAUUCGCCGUUUUCACGCUAGCGGUCGGCGUUUCCGUCCUGCUGACUGGCAACAUGAGAUAUUCACGAACAUCCGUGACGAGUUUCUACUUGGGUCGGCCUCCGGCCGGUUCACAUCUGCAGGGUAUCCUGUAGAGAAUGCUCCCCCUGCAUUCUUGUCUGUCCAGCCACGCUCGAGUGUGAACUCUCGACCUUCACAACGGACAUCCUUUCGUGCAGACCCUAAGCCCAAUGAUGCAUACAAUCUAUCGACACUCCUUGCCGCCAUUCGGUGCUUCCUCUGUGGAGUUACUACAUCACCACCCCGACAGGAGAAACUAUCUGUUUCAACUACAAUUCCAAAGGGUGCUCCGAGUCUAACUGUUGUUGUGUCCACGUCUGCUCCCUGUGCGGCAAACCCGAUCAUGGGGCCAAUGCUUGCACAAAAGCUUGAUUUCUGUCCCAUCGUCACACCUUUAUGCUGGUUGAUUUGGCGUGACGAGCUCGAGGCUGCCGGCUGCCUCGACUCCUUUCUUGACAUUCCCUCAAGUAUUCGCGAUGGUUUCCACAUUGGCGUUAACUCUCUUCCGUCCUCCACAUAUAUUCCGCGCAACCAUUCCUCCACUUCCGAUCAUCCUGAAGUAAUUCUUGACUACAUUGCCACCGAACUCCUUGCCCGGCGAUACUCUGGCCCUUUCCAUCCCUCGCGUCUCGAACAGCUUAUUGGCCCCUUUCGGUCUUCACCUCUUGGUACGGUUCCGAAGGCGAACAGCCCUGGCGUAUUUCGCAUUAUUCAAGAUUUUUCCUAUCCUCGUCACAACCCCGCGAUGCCUUCCGUCAAUUCCGAUAUUGACAGCGAUGAUUUCCAAUGUGAAUGGGGAACUUUUGCGGCAUGUGUUCUUCUCAUUCUCCGUGCUCCACCAGGUACCCAAGCAUCUGUCAAUGAUGUCGAGAAAGCAUAUCGUUGUGUCCCCAUCGCUCCGCAGCACCAACCUCUUGUCGUUAUCAUGUGGAAGGGUCUCAUUUACAUGGACCACUGCGCUGCAUUUGGUACUUCCAGUGCCCCUGGGAUAUUUGGCCGUAUUGCCGAUGCUGCUGUUCGCAUUUUUCGUCACCAUGGUGUUCAAGAUGUAAUCAAGUGGGUCGAUGAUUUUGUCUUCUUCCGCUACCCAUCAGGAACGGCCGUCGACGGGUCUCACCUAUAUAGCUAUGAUGAGUCUCUCUUCUUCUCCGUUGCCGAACGUCUUGGAUGGCCAUGGUCUAUGUCAAAACACAUGCCAUUUGCUGACUGUUUCGAGUACAAUGGCUUCCGCUGGAGCAUCUCGAUGCGCACAGUCGAAAUUCCGCUCAGAAAAAAAGGAGAAGUACUUGUCUCGCCUUCAGCCCUGGACUGCUGGCUGCAAAGUCACCCGCAAAGACUGUGA